AUGGCAUCGGGUGCCCGCUCUUCGCGCUGGAACCCGCUGCCGCUUGCGGUCCCGGGGCCUGGGCCGCCGGUCGACUUCAGCGGGGCGCCGCGCUACUUGCGCCAGCGGGUCCUCCAGCGCCGCUCUCGUGAACGCCGUGUUCGUGAUGCUGUUCGCUCCAUCGACGGCCUCGCUUCCAGCGCGGUGCGUCGGUCCGGCCGCGGGCCGGGCGGCGCUGCCGACUCUGGGUCAUCGGGUUCGGCCACUGCUUCCUCGUGCCUUCGCCAGGUCGGCAGGUGCGUCGCGGAGUACGGCCCUCGCCCGGCUGGCCUACAACCUCGCGGAGCCCUUCAGGAGCUCCUCAAGACCGACUCACUUUACGGGGGUGCGCCGUGCAAGGUCGUGCCCUACGAGGAGUCCAAGCUCAAAUUCUGGCAGUCCACCGUCACGCCUCGCGACGUGGAGGAGGUCUGCCCCAAGUUCGUCGCGGGCGCCUUCCGCAACCCCGACGCCUGCAUCCGCGAGCCUGACUGCGUGGUGGAGCGCGACCUCGAGUUGGAGCCGCCGAUCGCGCCGUACUGGGACGUGCGGCUCGCCGCCGACCCCCGCCUCCGCAAGAAGUUCCUCCUGGGGCUGGCGGACCGCGGCCUCGUCGGCUUCCGCCGGCGCAUCAGGUCGAGGGUGGGCUGCUUCUUCGUCGAGAAGAAGGGGGGCUGGAUCCGCCUGGUGGUCGACGCUCGGGACGUCCACCGUACCCACUGGGCUCCUCCGCGCGCCGCGUUGGGGGCCCCCGCCGCCCUCGGCGAGCAGGAUUGGUCCGACGCGGCCCUCGCAGAGGCUGGGUGGCGGGACUCGUUCUACCAGUUCUUCUCGGAGAGGGUGGCCGAGGACUUCGGGGUGGACUUCCCUGAGAGGGCCGCGGACUACGGCAUCGCCCACAUCUGGUCCCCCGACGGCCCCUCCCCGGUCGACCCCGACGAGCUCGUCUUCCCCGUCUUCCGGGGCGUGGCCAUGGGCUGGUCUUGGGCGCUCUGGGCCGUGCACUCGUCUGUCACGUGCUGGGUCGCGGACGCGCUGCCUGGGGGCGCUCGCCGGCUGGUCCUCGACGAGCAGGCGGCCCCUGUGGCAGCUCCGUCGCGCCCGACAGGCUCGGUCUACGUCGACAACGUUUCCUUCCUGGGCCUGUCGGCUGCCGACGUCGGCGACGCCCUGGAGGCGACGAAGCGCAAGCUGGACUCGCUCGGCAUCGCGUGCCACGAGGUCGAGGGGUCGGCCACCCGCUUCUCCACCGUCGGCGUCCAGUAUGACGGCGAGCGCCGACGUCUGCGCCAUUCGGACCAUCGGGCCUGGCGACUCUACCUGGCGUGCCGCGAGCUCGAGCGCCCUGGGGCCCCGCGCGCGGGCUGGCAGAUCCGCGUGUUCCUCGGGCACUGCGUUCAGCACUGCCUCCUGCUUCGGCCCGCCCUCUCGGUCUUCCACCUGCUGUGCCGGUUCGUGGACCGCCAGAGUCGUGGACUCCCUGCCCCUCUGCCCGCCGCAGCUCGGCGUCCCUGGUCCUGUGCUCCGACUCGUCCGAGGCCGGCUACGCCCUCCAUCGCCGACGGGCUGACGUUCGGCUGCUCCGCGAGCUGGCGGCGACCCGGGAGAGGUGGAGGUUCGUGCCCGACGAAGCGGCCCGACCCCGAGCAGGACGACACGUUCACGCCGGGCUGGGUCCCCGGGGCUGGAGGCGUCUUGGGCGAGUCGCCCGACGCCACUGGCAUCGCCGUCUGGGCGCCUCCCCCGUCGCACUCCAGGGAGAGCGCCCGAGGCGUGCUCAAGGGCUGCAUCCGUGCAGCCCCGAGGCGCGCCGGCCCCAUUCACUUGCUGGAGGGCCGCAUCGCGCUGGGCGGGCUCUGGCACGCCGCGCGGCAGGUCGGCCGCCGCAACUCCCGGCUGCUCAGCCUGGGGGACAACAUGUCGGAGCUCCUCUCCGUCGAGAAGGGCCGCGCCGUGGGCCACGGGCUCGCCUGCCUGUGCAGGCGCGCCGCCGCCUACCAGAUCGCCUGCGGGAUUUCCUGGCGGCGGCGGCACCUGGGCACAGACACCUCAGCGGCGCGGGGUCCCGCAAGGCGCUCCACGGCGUGCACCGCCCGGAGGCCCGCGGGUGCGCGCGGCAAGCGCGGCCUCGGCUUCCCGCCGCCGCGUGGGCGCCGGGGCGGGCUGGGCCGCGCACGCGCGUCGGGUCGACGCCCCGCGGCCGGCCCGCCGCAGGCUCCUUUCGUUUGCAUGCUCGGCCUGGCCGAGAAGGACCGAGAGGACCUCAUCGGCUGCCGCCUCCUCCGCCGGAGCCGACCUUCGCCGAUGGACCGGUUCGGGAUGCUGGGCAUCGGGUUCGUGCGCGUCGUGCGGCUCUCGAGGUCUUCUCAGUUCUUGGACGGGCACGCUCGGGUCUCAGUGGUGUACGAUUGUUGUCGGUUUGGAGUUCCCUACCAGAAGCCUACUCGAGUGGUGUCCGACGUUCUGGAGUUGGGAGCGCUGGACAGACAGUGCGUUGGUGGCCACGCUCAUGAGUACCUACAGGGCAAGGUCAAGAUCCGCGACUCCCAGAGUCGGCUCAAGCAGUACUGGCGCACGACCCUUGCCGGCGCCUACCCUCCCGGCGCCUGCCACGCCGCCGCUCGCGCCCUCGGGCGCGCGGCACCGUCGACGGCCUGGCGGCGAGAUGGUGGUCCACUGCUGCCCGGCCACUGGGAGGCUGAGCUCCGGCGGGCCGCAAAGUUGGGCAGCCUCCAGUCGUCCCUUGACUGCCCCAGCUGCCCGUGGAAGUGGGUCCCGCUCUGGCCCCGCGACGCCGAGGGCUGGGGCCGCCAGCUCGGCCGCCCGCGGCCGCGGGCGAGGCGCUCGCCCGCUGACGCAGCGCCGGGCUUCCUGCGACGCUCUCGCGUGCGGCCCAGCACGCAGGCGAGCUACGCUGCCAGCGUCCUGGCCUUCGCCACCGCCAUGGGCGUCGUCUCCGUCUGCUGGGGGGGCGAGGGCCUGCCCCUCGUAGACACCCUGCUGGAGGGGUACUUCAAACAGCUCGACCUCCUGCCCAGCGCCAGUUCAGGAUGCAGCAAGAUGGGCCUAGUCAACGGUGCCUCUGCGCAGGUCUUGGGCGACAACAGCCAUUCGAGGGUCGCCGAGACUGGCCUGCAGGAUGACGCCGUGCUCAUCGGCAGCCAUUCCCGUGUUGGCGUCGCUGUCGCCUUCGUGGCCUUGGUGUGUGCAGCCAAAGCCCGAGAGGGCCGCGUCGUGUUCUUGCCCACCUACGCCAGCUACUACCGCGCGUUCUAG